CUCCCAACUAACAAUAAAUACAGCCAUUGUUUACAUGCAUAGAUUUUAUAUGAACCACUCCUUCACCAAAUUCCACAGGAAUAUAAUCUCUCCAACCACCUUAUUCUUGGCCGCAAAAGUGGAAGAGCAACCUCGGAAACUCGAACAUGUGAUCAAAGUGGCACAUGCUUGCCUCAAUCCCCAAGAAUCGCCUCUAGACACAAAGAGUAAUCAAGCAAGGAUCUGGCACAGACUUCCUAUUUCAUGGCUACCAACAGGUUGUUAUCCUGCCCCUCCUUUGUUGCACUUUGACUGCACACCAUAGCUUCCUGUAAUGCAGGGUACCCUUUCAGUGUCCAACGGGCCCUAAUAGCGCUGGUGGUUGUUGGGAUGCUUGCCUCCUCCCCUCGGCUCCCCUCCCUCGUUCACAGGGAGCGGGACAGGGUGGCUCGUAGCGUUACCGGCCCCAGUCGCAGUGCGGUGUAUUGUACAAGGGACCACGUGUUGGCACAGAUGGGUUGAAUGCAAGGUGUGAAGUGUAGUGGUGCACUUGAAACCCACAUGUUUGUUCGGUUGCGAAAAAGUGCAUAAUUCUAAGAGAAAGACACUUUGGUAGCCUGAAUAGCAGCUAAAGAUUUCAGAGAUGUAAACAUUUCUCGUAGAGGUCCACCCGUCUACACCUCACUACGUUCUGCCUCCAGUACAAACCCACAGUGAUCUCCUGUGUGUGCAUCCACCUGGCCUGUAAGUGGUCAAACUGGGAGAUCCCAGUUUCCACUGAUGGGAAACACUGGUGGGAGUACGUGGACAACUCGGUCACCCUCGAGCUGCUCGAUGAGUUGACCCACGAGUUUCUGCAGAUUCUGGAGAAGACGCCCAGCCGGUUAAAGAGGAUUCGCAACUGGAGGGCAACACAAGCUGCCAAAAAGCCAAAGGGUGACGGCACAUCGUUGAAUGACAACUCCUUUGCCGGGCCUUCCAUGCUCCAAGAUGAUGCAUCACUCCCUGGUGGCUCCUGCAACCCAAGUUUUUCCAAGGCGGGCGCUGCCUUCAUGUCUGGCCCCUCCGGGGAUGGACCCCUGUCUCUGGAAUCCUUGGCUGGCUCGUACAACCCAGCCAGCCACAGCGAGUGGCCCCUGGGUAACCAGAGCCAAGCAGGGUAUGCUACCUCCAGUAUAAAACAGGAACCCCUCAGCAUCCCUCUGCAAGAGCCCUCCCUGCUUCUUAAUGCGCCGGUAUACAGGACUGAUAAAACACUGGACUUCAUACCUGUCAAACAGGAACAAAAAGGAGGCCAGCCUCCUCCACCACAACCGUCUCCAGCUCAGAAGCUGUCUCUGGACAGAUACAGAGAGAAACAAGCAGCAGAGCAGACUGUCUCCGGGCAUAAACGCAGCCAGGAACAGCAUGGAGGAAUAAUGGAUUGUGACGGGAGGGGGGACAUAUUAUCUUCCUCCUCUUCUACCUAUGCACCCACGAGCCAAGUAGACCAUAGAAAACAUUCACAGCCCCACCAAACAUCCCACGGUGUUGGUGGAGGCACCACUGCCUCCCCGAUGAAAAUUAAAGCCCCCUCCUCAACUUCAGGGCAAGAAAGACGUCAUCAUAGUGACAAGCGGGACAAAGGCUCACUCAAGCUCCGCCUGGCUGUCCCCGGGUCUGGCGGGGGCUACCAGCUGGACAAAGGCGGACUGCCAAGCAAAGACGAGCUCAAGAUGAAGAUAAAAGUCUCAUCGGAGCGCCACAGCUCAUCGGACGAAGGCAUGGCGGCCAACAACAACAACAAGAGCAAACAUUCCAGCCCUCUGGUGAUUAAGGAGAAACAGCACCGUGUAGCAGAUCACCUCCAUCGCCACCACAAGCACAGUCAUCCUCACACACACAGCGGGAACGGCGGGGGAGGCCCGCUACGAGGGCUGCCGGGCAUGGAAGGGCCCAUACUCGCUCCUCCAGGAUCCCUGUCUUCCUCAUCGCGCAAGAGGGCGUACCCCGAGGCCGGCCACAACCACCACCCUCUCUCCUCAUUCUCCACCUCAGGCUCCAAAGUGAGCAAAAACUCCAAGGGUGGCACAGUUGCUGCAGGUGGGCUGCGGACCUCUCAGCAGUACCCUCCUCCUCCUCCUCCUAGUGAAUCGCCACAUGAAGUGGGAGAGCAGAGACACUGAGAGACCCCUCUCUGCAGCCAUGGCCCAAACUACCCACAGCUCAGACUAUGAAGACUAUGCUCCCUGUUAAGUGCCCUGUGAAAAAUAACUCUUUAUGUCAUGAUAAACCCUUUACUGAAUGGCAGAAACGCGUAUCUGCAACAAAAAAAAAAAAGAUAAGUAUUGUUGGACCUCUCAAUUUCUAAGACAAGAAAAAUGAAAAAAAUUAUGCUUCCUGACCGUCAGAUCUCUGAGCCCUAAUGCUCAGUCCUUUCUUUCUGUUAGUGUUGAAUUGCUGCUUGGUUCUCCUUCCUCAAAUGAGUCUCGGAAUGUGCAAAGUUGGGUGAAUGUGUGCGUUUUCAUCGAGGGGAAAGUACUUCCCUGCAUUUCAGAUCUCAGUAUGGGAAAAAGUACUAUAAGAGGCACUUAAGGUGCUCUUUCUUCCUUUUUUUAAUGAUUCAUUUAAUUGAAUCCCAUUUCUGCGGUUGUAUGUAAGAAGGCAGUGACCAGCUGGAGAGGAGUUCAAGUUAUGUUGGCUGGCCUUCCAAUUCAUGCUGUUGAUGGAUGCAACUUUUAUUUUUUAAGUGUGAAUUUUCAUCUCCUCAAUCUCUUUCUUGUCUUGAUUUAUUUUUUAUACUUUAGUACUGUGCGUAUGAUUUGCAUGUUUCAAUCAUCAAAGGGAUUUAAAAGGAGAAUACGUACUUGCUGUUUACAGAAAGUGGAGAUAAAUGUACAUACGUUUUUGUAUGUUUAAAGAAAAAAAUAUGACUACUCAGGUUUGGAGCUGCUUGUAAGUAUAACAAGAUAACUAUAAUACCUAUAAAAAUACUUUUAUUUUGUUGAUCAACGGAUUGGGUGUCAUCUGGUGAAUGAUUGCAGCAUCCCAGUGGCGUGUGCUUCUUACACCUUCCUGAAGGGGGAUCUGUACUGUGCUUUUCAUCACAGGGAAUAUCAGUCGAUGCCCUCAGUGACACAGGCACAUCCAACACCUACUUAUAACAUCAGUGAUGCAAUUUCUACCAAAAACAUUUUUUUUUCUUUACCUAUAAGUAGACCUUUAAGCUGGAUGCCAAAGGUUGUGCCUCAAAAAGACAAACAACUGACAAAGACAGUAGUAGUGUGCUAUUUAAGUUUACAUAACCCUUUUUACUUUGAAGUGUAUCACAUAAUUUCAUGAUGUGAAGCUGUAGCCUUUAGAUGUCAGCCCUUAAAUGGGAUGCAUAUAAGUAUGAUUCAAUCAAAAAAACAAUCAAACCGGGACCAAUUGGCCAUAUGCAACCAAUAACUGCUGGAUAUUUUGGCAUCUGCAAUGUUAACACUAGGUUUUGUCUUCAUCCAAUUGGUUAAAUUGACAUUUACAGCCAUGCGCCUGUCCGAACAUGUCUUCAGUUUCAUACAUUAAAUUCUGCAAUGUUCUCAAAUCUUGACCCCUUCUAUUUUUCACUUGGUCUCUUUGUGCAAAGUACUCAAGGCUGGAUUGGUCGUUAGGGAUUUAGGGCACACAGCAAAGCAGUUGAGGACAAAUAAGCAUAACCCCCCUCGUCCUUUUUUCUCAUUUUCAUUUCAAUAUUAUGAAUAAACUUCAAAGUUGCCAUUACCCUGACACAGUAUAAA